UUGAAAAGGGCGCACCUACAGCAUCAGCUCCCUAAUCAGAUCCCUUAUCUAAAAAAAUCCAAUCAAACUGGGAUAAGUCUGUCACAGACGUUCUACCCAGAAACACCAAGUUGGGUUCGGGGGGUCAACAAGGUGGUCAUUAACCUCGUGAAGGAGUAUCACAAGAGAGCGCCUGAGGUCCCUUUCUCAAAAGAAAAGUUAAGAUUAAACUUUGUUAACUCGCUUCGAAAACUAAAAGUAAAUUAUUAUGUCAUUAUUUAA